AUGCCCUUAUGCUCGGACUCUGUAAUUUGCUUCUUCAGGCGUACACUUGGCUCAUACUCCUCCGUCAUUUUCCCCAAGCUUGCUUAUUUCUCUUCUUCUUCUUGUGCUCUGCAAAAACUCAAUGCUGGUAGGGAAGACGAGUCAACCGCCAAUUCCAGUUACGAAGACUUGCAACAUGGAAUGCGAGGGCACGCCGCGUCAGCCGACCUCCCGCAAGCUCUGUGGACUUGGAAUUCGAUGAGGAGCUUCCCGGCAAACCAACCGUUUCCGAUUUCAAUCCUUUGGUGCACAGUUAUUUAA